CUUCACAUGUCCUGAUAUCAUGCCGCGUCAGCCAGCGUUCAUUUAAGAUAGAAAGAAGAAAAUGGACUGCAUCAGUGCAAAUGCGGAAUUUAAGCUCCCCAAAACUGGAAGAAAAAGAAGAGGUUUCGGGUCGCCAGGUGUAUCUGAAAACACAGGAUGCUUUUUCAAAAAGAGGAAUCCUCCACAUACUAAAAAUACCAUGAAGUUAUUUCUGGUUGCCCUCUGCCUCGUUUUGCUCUUUGAUUUGGUGGCGCUCUGUGUUCUGGGGGUCCUGUAUUUUAAUAAAGGAGUCUCUUAUGAAUCAUUAAGUGAUCAGUUUAUCAGCACUGUGGAAAACCUGUCAGUUCAGCUACGCAAUGCCACUGCUGCAGCUGAAGAGUUAAAAUCACAACUGGAUCAGGUUCAAGUGAACUAUGAGAAUGCUUUAAGCCAUGUUGUUUCUUUAAAUGAAACAGAAAGACAGUAUGAGGUGCUGAAGCUCAAUCGCACGGUCCAUGAGGUUUUCUCUAACUGCAGUGAAUGUCAGAAGUGUGAACAGUGCGAAGACGGGUGGAAGCGUUUUGGUGUAAAGUGUUACUACUUCUCCAAUGACACACUGAACUGGAUGAACAGUAGAGAUCGCUGUGUUGAGAAAGGAGGACAUCUGGUUAUAAUAACCAGUGAAGCUGAGCAGAACUUUGUAAAUUCAAGCGGAGAAACUCACUGGAUCGGGCUGAAUGAUUUGGAGACUGAGGGAAAGUGGAUGUGGGUGAACAAGCAGCCCCUGACUGAUACAGAAGUAACAUUGUGGUUUAAAAGAAAGAACGAACCAGAUGAGCCUGAUAACUGGAAAUAUGAAGAUCCUUCAGGAGAGAACUGUGCUAGUCUGGGGAAUGAAAGUGGUGACACACAUUCAUGGUUUGAUUCUUCCUGCAGAAAACUGAAGAAAUUCAUCUGUGAAAAGUAAAAUACGUUAUCUUUAUUUUAUCACGGUACUUCAGCUUUUUAUCAGUGAUUAAAAUGUGGCACUGGAGUGCCAAGUGUCUGCUUUUGAGCUUCUGAGUUUGAAAGUGCUUCAUGUUUAAAUUUAAAUACAUUGCUAUAGACAGUAUUUUGUAAUAAAUGUGUUUUUUAACAUAACUUCUUCAGUCCAUUGCUGCUUCUGUCUCAUAAAUUCAAGUAAAGUGGAAUAUCUUUAGUAUAUACCA